AACUAAUAACAUGUUUCACAUUGUGACUUGAAGUACGAUCUUUGAACAAAGUACUAUUGACAUCAGAAUUUUAUUUUCAAACAAUACAAGUUCUUUUGUUUAAUAUUAUGUUUUUCUUCCAGAUACAGCCAGAUAAGGGCUCCCGGGCCUAAAUUUGUUUCUUCCAUCAAUUACUGCAGUUGACCUACACCAUGGCAACUUUAUUACAACGCCCAAACCAGUAGUCCUUCAAUUUACAGUAAUGCAUUAAUGCAAUUUUAUUUUGAAAUAUAAAUACAGUGCACAAGUUAUAGUGUUGAAUUUAACCCAAGGCUGCUCUUCAAGUGAAGGCCACCACAUUCUGUAACAAUGGAGAACCUUCUUUAACUGACAUGGUUGACCUUAGUGGUGCACAUUGCCAAGCAGUUCAGCAAGGUCAGGAAACUCUGACCUUACAUGCCACUGAUAUGUGUUGGUGUGCAUAAAAACAUAUAUUUCAUCUCCAUUAGCUUGUCUCUUAUUUUCAUACUUCAAAGGCUGGAGUUCAAAGUUCCUUUCAUAAUUGAAUUAAAUCGAUUCCAGUAUGUGUAUUUUUCAUGUUAUUUACCCCUUUGAUGGUUAUAAAAAGUAUGCAUGUGGGUAGCUCUUUUUUGAGUUCAUGUGCAGGCUAUGGAGUGUAUUUAUCUAUUUUAGCUCUCAGAUUAUACCACAAGUCCCCAACUUAUUUCACAUACAUUUUGUACGCACCCACACAGGAGCUAACACCACACACAUUAGGUCUAUUCAAAACACACAAACAGGUAAACAGACAGUAUAACUUAUGCAGCAAAAAAGCUAUCCAAAUGUGUGUAGGAUAUAACUCAUAUGACAAGCUGAAUCACUUUUUUUGUUGAAUUUAUUCAUAUCGUCUCUUUUGUCUGACUGUGGAUGUCUUGUGAUGUCUGCCUGCUCAUCCUAUUGUGUGUCACACUGAUUUUAAAUGGUGUUUGUUUGAUACUGGAGGUUACACUCCUGCAGUCCUGUUAUUUACCACAUCACAGUGUUGGUGCUGCUGGUCCAAUAUUCAGUCCAAUACUGCAGCCUUUUUGGCAGGGAGCGCGCCUCCAAAUUUUCCCUCCCGCUGCGCUCGCGCUCUGUACCUUAAAAAUGCGCGUGCACGGCUGAAGGUCACUUAAGCACAAAAGGCUUUCAGCGCUGCGGUCCAAUAUAGCGCAUGCGCGCUGCCGGAGGACUGCUUCACAGACCGCAAUAUGGCGAGAAUGCCUGCCAGCGGAGACACGGAGCAGGAGCAGAUGAGCUGCCCCGAGAGGAGCAGGGAUGAGGAUGAUGAAGAGGAAGAUGAAGAUGAGAUCCAGGAGGUCCAGAUCACCGGGGAGGAGGAGGAGGACGAGGAGUCCGAUAAAGAUGGUGUGGAGCUGGAGUGGGAGUCAGGGAGCACAGUGCUGGACUCCAGCGGUUCCACCACGGAGACACAAGCGGUCGUUAUGCGGAGUAUGGACCGAGGAGAGGAGGAGGGAGAGGCGGACCCGUUCAGCAGCAGAAUCCCCUGUGGGCUGAUGGAGGGAGACCUGCAGCGGUCAGAGCGGAACAAGCUGAGUGAGAACACCCGCCUGGCCACCCGGUAUGCGGUGAGGAUCUUCAGGGAAUACCUGAGUGAGAAAGCCCAAAGUCCAGACUUUGAAACUCUGGACAAGGAUGCGCUCUGCGCGGUGCUGCGCUCCUUUUACGCGGAGGCGCGCUCCAAAAGUGGACAGUUGUACAGCAAGUCUUCCCUCAUCAGCAUCCGGAGCUCCCUGAACCGGUACCUAAACGAGCCGCCCUACUGCCGCACCUUGGACCUCACCAAGGACCCGGAGCUGCGCAGCGCCAACCUGACCCUGGCCGCGGUCAUACGGAGGCUGGAGGAGCAGGGCGCCGGUCCUGUGGUGCAGAAACAAGCCAUCACGCGCUCAGACCUGCGGAAACUGUACGAGUCCUCCGUGUUCAACACCGACACUCCGUUCGGACUGCUCAACAAAGUCUGGUUCGAGACCUGUAUGUAUUUCUGCACCAGGGGCCGGGAGAACCAACGGGAGCUGGAGGAGGACUCGUUCGGCCUGGCCGUUGAUGAGGACGGGAGAAAGUUUGUGUAUUUCAAGGCUCUCGGACCGUACCACAAGUCCCGCUCCGCUGCCUGGACCAAGAAGCGUCCGGACGCAGACGAGGACACUUUGCCACGGAUGUACGAAACGGGCACAGAGCAGUGUCCGUACGCAAGCUUUGUCCGGUACGUGUCCAAACGGAACCCGCUGUGCAGGGCGUUCUUCCAGCGGCCCCGGGACCACUGCUGCGCGAGCGACGUGACGUGGUACGAGAACAAAGCCAUCGGAAAGAACCUGUUGGGCACGAGGAUGCAGAUGUUGUCGCGCGCUGCCAAGCUCUCCAAGACCUACACCAACCACUGCAUCGGCGCCGUCUCCAUAGCAACGCUCAACAGCAUCGUCGGGGCUGCGGGCUUCAGGCCGACGACGACGCUUUACGUUGCCUCGGAAACGGUCAACGGUCACGCGCAGCCCCACCUCCAGCUCGUGAUCCCGUACCUGCGCCGGGUCACCGAUGUUGCGGAUGUGAAUCCACAGGGGACAUCGACGGACGCGGCGGCAGCAUCACCAGCGACAGCUACAGCGAGGAAAGUGAGCGCCGAGGAGGAGGAGUCCGGAGCUCCCGCUGCCAAGAAGCUGUGUGUGCGCCCCGGGAAACGCGACGAGUCGCCUGCGGAGAGGAGCGAGAGAGAGUUGGUGCCAGCGAGAGCCACGGAGUCCCACAUCACACAGCCCGGUGUCCGGUCCCCGGUCGCUGCCCCAGCACAGGACAGCCGUGGCAGAAGCAGCAGUAUGUCGAGUCAGCAGCUGCCCUCUGUAUCUCCUGUGUCCCCUCUGGGCUCCGUUGGCAUCCCCACACCAGCCCAGCUCACUAAAGCCAACGCACCUGUCCACAUCGAUGUAGGAGGACACAUGUACACCAGCAGCCUGGCCACCCUCACCAAGUACCCUGAGUCAAGAAUCGGCCGGCUGUUCGAUGGAACGGAGCCCAUAGUGUUGGACAGUCUAAAGCAGCACUACUUCAUCGAUCGGGAUGGGCCCAUGUUCCGCUACAUACUUAACUUCCUCCGAACCUCCAAACUGCUCAUCCCUGAUGACUUCAAAGAAUAUUCCCUGCUGUAUGAAGAGGCCACUUUCUUCCAGCUGGCUCCUCUGCAAGCUGAGCUGGAACGCUGGAGGACCGAACGGGAAUGUGGGGGUGUGUGCCGCGAGUGUGAGUGUGUGGUGGUUCACGUGGCUCCAGAGCUCGGCGAGAGGAUCAGUGUGAGCACCCAGCGGGCGGUGAUUGAGGAGGUGUUUCCUGAAGUGAGAGACGUCAUGUCCAAUUCCCUGAACACCAGCUGGAACCAGGACUCAGCACACAUCAUUCGCUUCCCGCUCAAUGGCUACUGCCACCUCAGCUCUGUUCAGGUGUUGGAGCGGUUACAACAAAGAGGCUUCUGGAUCACAGGCUCGUGUGGUGGCGGAGUGGACUCUUCUCAGUUUAGUGAAUACAUUCUGCGGAGGGAGGUCCGAGGCAGCCGACACCCCCCGACCCUCAUACCGAUCAAACAGGAACUCCUGGACUGAACUCAGAAUGUUGCAGAGGUCGGUUCUGGACGAGUAUGUGGACGAGAGCAGCAUGAUUUCAGUAUGAAACAAAGUGAUCAGACAUGAAUACACAGACUCCCUAAUGAUACAGUGAAAAGAUGAAGGAGGUAUUUGUAUUUCCUUUGACGCUUUGCUUUCAUGCACAGCAGUGCUACCAGAUAGCAUCAGUAAAUGAACAGAUCCAUCUGUGCAAGAACCUGCAGGGUGUCACAGGAACAUCAAUCAUCUAAAAUGUGUGCUAAUUUUAACUCACACUGACAUUUGCAUUUCUGAUAUGAAAUGGAGGUGCAGUAUGGGUAAAAUCUUUCAUCAAAGUGUCAUUUAUAGUGUGCUUCCUGAAAAUUGAAUUGACAGAUAAUAUAAUCCACUAAAUGAAAUACCUGAUAAGUGAAGGUUCUUCAUCACAUUGAUGCAAACAUUCUGUAUAUGUGUACUACUACUGAACAGUUCCACUCUGAUAUCAAGAAUUCCCCCGCUGGCUUAAUACCACCAGAGAUAUUCAAUGAGGGAUGCCACAAUAUGAACAGUGCAGCAACAGUUGACCAUUACCGUAUAUACAUUGCUGCUUCAGCAAGUAUUUAGACCUUUUUACCUUCUGUGCUAUUAAAGGUGUAGAUUUUAUUUUAUUUGGAUGAGAUGAGAAUUUUCUCUCAGUAGCCACGAAUGACAAAAUGAUAGCAUUGAUUUUUGCAAGUUUUAGUAAGUGAAAACCUAAAAUCUCUCAUUUAAAAAGUAUUCAGAGCCUUAAUUCAGGAGUUUUUAGAAGCUACUUCAGUAGCAGGAACAGCUUCCAGUCUUCCAGGCUUUGCUCACCUGGAUUUGGACAGUUUAUCCUGUUCUUAGUGCAAAUACUUUCAGGCUUUAUCAGAUUGAAUGGAGGCCUCCAUCUAGUCUGGUUUCUGCACAGAGAACAUCAGAUGUUCUCUGUGGUUUAAAUGUAGACUGUUGCUGGGUCACUCCUGGAAAGUCAAAGACUUAACCUGAAGCCACUCUAAACACACUAAAGUUGUCUUGGUUGUUUACUUUGGGUCAUUGUGGUCAUUGCGGCUCUGCACUCUCGAUCAGGUUUUUCUCAUUGCAGUAGUCAGUGGAAACAUCCUUGGACUUCAUGGUUUGGUUUUUGGUUUGACAAUACAGAGUAAAUUGUGGGAUCUUAGAUACGCUUCAAAAUACUGUCCAAACCAAGUCACUUUGCCACAACUCUCAGCACAUCUCAAAGAUUAUUGAGGUAAACGGGAUGUAGCUGUUCAGUUUGGAGCUGCUGCAAAGACUCUGAAGGCUUUUGUAGAUGAGAGAUUUCAGUUCGUUUUAUUAGAUUUGAAAAAGAAAUUCGAAAAACAUGUUUUCAUUUUUUCAUUUGCCAUUAUUGGGUUUAGACUGAUAUCAAUGACAUGUCAAUUUUAUUCAUUAAAAUAAAUGUAGGACAUGUAGAAAAGAAGGGUAUGAAUACUUCCAGAAAAGUCUCUACUGAAUACUGUCAUGCUUUCUGGACUUAACAAAUUAGUCAUUUCUGCCACAGUGUGAGACCACAUGCUGAGGAUGGAAGUCCACAUCCACAUGAUUUUCACUUUGUGCUGCUAAUUAUUGGAUUGUACAAAAAUACAGAGUCCUGAGGCGACUCUAUACAGCUCAUAAAGUGUCUGCAUGUUUUGCACAGUGACUUUUUUUACUGCAGUAGAAAAGUUUCUUUGGUUCAGUAUGUUCACGUUAACUGAAUACAUGUUGGUGACUGUUAAAGAACAUCGCAUUGUACCUUUUUACCAUUUUGUGAAUUCAAAAGCCAUGAUAGAUUGAUGCUGUCACUGGUUUUUCAGGAGUUUAUUUAAACACCAGAAGCAUAGUAUAUCAUGUCAGAGCACACAGACCUCCAGGGGCCAUGUGAUGUACGACUGAGGAUCAAUGUGAUGUUCUGCUGACAGAGGCGUGAGAUCAGGAGGCGCUCAUGUGGAUUGAUCUGAAAGGUGUAGACGAAUGAUGCAGUUUUUUUUUUUUUUUUAGAGUACCUCUCGAUGACAGCAGGUCUGCAUUUGACAUUUUGACAUGAGAUGAUUCCACUGUGCUCACAGAGAGCAAAGGACUGUUUAGCAUAUCUUUCAGCACACGGGUACACAAACAAAAGUACAAAUCCAUGUGUACCUUUCAGAUAUGAGGUUUAAAUUUUUUCAAGAACGGUAUUUUUCCAGGAGAGGCUUUUGGUUGUAAUGUUCUGUACAUGUUCAAUGCAACUAGUAGUGUAUAAAUCUCGAGGCAUGAGCCUUACUUGCAUGUACUGUUGCACUGAUUUGUAACAUUUGCGGAGACCAUCAGUUACUUUUACCUGGAGCAAAUCUGACAUGUUGCACUUGGUAAUGUAAAAAGUCUGAAAAAAAGUAACUCUUAUUUAUUCAGCCUUAAUUUUAUUUGUUGCAUGCAGUGUUUUUAAUUGUACAAGCACAAUUUCUCUCUUCAUCCUGUUUGAGAAGAAGAAUCUACACAGAAUGUAUUUUUAAUGCAACCUGUUAUCUUUUCCAGAUAUGUUUUUUGGGACAAGCUGGGGGUGAAGAAGAAUAGGACAGCAACUCCUGCAUUGUUUUUUCUAGAAUGUUUCCUUUGAUUUGCACAAUUAAUGUAGGAUCAUUUCAUUAUUAAUAAAAGGGAAUUCAAAACUAA